AUGGCUGCCUCGAAUGCUUUAGCCGCGACUCUAAAGUCCUUGCACCGUCCCGGCAAACCUCUCAUCCUCGCAAACGUCUAUGACAUUUUAUCAGCGCGCGCAGUAGCAGCUCUCCCAAGCUGUAAAGCCCUGGCGACUGCAAGCUAUGCUGUCGCUCGGGCAAACGGAACCGAGGACGAUGAUAUGGAUGCCCAGACAAAUCUCCGGGCGGCUUUAUCCAUCGCCAAAGUAGCUGCAGAGUUCAAGAAACCAUUAACAGUCGAUAUUCAAGACGCCUAUGGAGAGCAGCUCGAAGAAGUGAUUUCAACACUUGUCAAGGGCGGCGUUCACGGAGUCAACCUGGAGGAUGUCAACAAGGACACUCAAAAGUUCUACCCUCUCGAUCAGGCUGUGGAGCGUGUCAAGCGAACUUUGAAGGUUGCCGAAGACCUUGGCGUCAAAGACUUUGUUGUCAACGCACGCUGCGACGUUCUGGUCCACGGUGGCCAGCUCAGCGAGGUCCUCGAACGAGGCAAGGCGUACCUCGCAGCCGGCGCCACCAGUGUAUUUGUGUGGGGCGGCUCGAAGCGAGGCGUGAGCCGUGAUGAAGUUGCCACGAUGGUGAGGGAAUUCGACGGACGACUUAAUGUGUCAAUGAAGUCGUCUCCAGACGCGCUCAAUGCAGCUCAGCUGUCACAAAUUGGAGUCUCCAGAAUCAGCAUUGGACCUACUCUUCAGUUCAUUGCUAUGGAUGUGUAUGGAAAGGAGGCUGAGAAAAUUCUGACAUCGGCCUCAUGA